GGCAAGUCUCCGGAAGGGGUCUACGCCUGCGUCGUCAGUGCGAACGGGAGAAGAAGCACACUGAAAGAGUCGCGACUAAAACCGCAUUAAGACAAGAUGUCGUCACUGCCCCGCAGAAUCACCAAGGAGACGUCUCGCUUGAUGCUGGAGCCCGUGCCGGGGAUCAAGGCCCAGCCGGACGAGGGCAACGCGCGCUACUUCCACGUGGUCAUAUCCGGGCCGCAGGACUCCCCGUUCGAAGGAGGGAUCUUUAAACUCGAACUCUUUCUCCCAGAAGAGUACCCCAUGGCAGCCCCCAAAGUGCGCUUCAUGACCAAAAUAUACCACCCCAACGUGGACAAGCUGGGGAGGAUUUGUCUGGACAUUUUGAAAGAUAAGUGGUCCCCAGCCCUGCAGAUCCGCACAGUGCUGCUCUCCAUCCAGGCAUUACUAAGCGCUCCCAACCCUGACGACCCGCUAGCUAACGACGUGGCUGAGCAGUGGAAAAGAGACGAAGCUCACGCCAUCGAGACAGCCCGGACCUGGACCAGGCUUUACGCUGGAAAGAACAACGAGCUGUAGGGGAAGCCUGACCCGGUCCCAGAGACCCGGUCAACCCAGACCUCUUCUUCCAUCAUUUGCAUUUAAAGGACACAGUCUUAGGAAGAAAAACAAACAAGCAAACCAGUACAAAAUGUGUACUUCCUCCUAUGUGGAUACACACACACAUACACACACACACACACACACACACACACACACACAUGCGUGCACGCACACGUGAGGACAAAAGUCCGCUCUCCAGAUCUUUGGUGAUAAAUGCACAUUAGCCAAUCUGUUGUCUUUGUAUUCACUGUUGCAACGCAUGGGAAGUGGCCUUCUGUCCAAUGUGGGUUUGGGCACCGCCCGGCUCUUGUAACUGGUGUUGAACCGGCACUGGUCUGUCUCACUGUCUCGCUUCUGUGGGGGUGGCUUCCUUUUUUUUCCUUUUUUUUUUUCCUCAAUAUUUUCAUCCUGUGAUGAGUUUUCAGGAGCCCUGUCACGGUUGCACUAUGGAGAAACUCCAAUGUUGGUCUUAAAACAAUAAUAGUGAAGCCAAAAAAUACGUAAAACGCAAACAGGAAAUGGCUAAAGUUGAGAAAUAAGGCGAGUCACUGAGCCGCCAUGGCAACCAUCACCGCCAUGGCAACCAUCACUGCCAUGGCGACCGUAACCACCUGCAUCGCCCUCUCUGGUGCCCGACCCUGUGUUCACACAGGUCUGUCUGGGGAAGGACAGCCAAGGCGUUCUACGUCUUAUGCAGAGAGGAAGAUACCCAAUACGCUAAAAGCCACCUUGACGAUCCAACCAGGACAGAUGGAUGAUAUUAGACUCCUCACCCAGACAGCAGCACAGGGAAUCAGAGACGGUGUAGCCCGCUGCGCUCAGCUCUUAAUAGGCCGAUGAGACUGAUGUUUCUGAUGUUUUGACGCCAAACGACGUUGUUUUCGAGUCAAGAACUCCACCGUCUCUGAUUUCAGGCUAGUCCCGGGUAAGUUGUCUCAUAUAUGCGGUAAAUCUUGUGUACAGUAUUUUUUUUUUUUCUACUUUGGUCUGUUUUCUUUGUCUAUUUCCCACAAUCCCCUUUUAAUUGGGUUGCCCCUCUUGGGUGUGGUGGGCCUUUGGUACUCUUGGGCUGGCAGGACGUUACUGUACCACCAAUGAGCUCUCAGCCAGACUUCCCCCUUCCUGCCUUUACUUUAACAUGGCAGCCCUGCCAUGGACAUCCUGGAUUGCGGUGUUUGUUUGCCUGUUUGUUUGUUUGUUUUGGGUGGGGUUGUGGGGGGUGGGGGGUGGUGGGACGAACUACAAGGCGAUCGCCAAGGCCUGGCGUAACUCCAGCCGUCCUCGGUUCUCUGUUCCACGGCUGUAGUAAGAUUCUCUGAUUGUAAAUUCAUUCUUUAUAUGAAAACCCCGAAGUGGUUUUCAACUUGUCAUAAUGGUAUGAAAACAGUCCGCCUGCAUAGUCUCUUUCUGUAAAUAAAAUCUGUUGAUUAAUAA